ACAUACAGUGUGUCAAAAAACUGUACGACCCGAAAGGGGCAUAUAGGUAAUAGGUAUGUUACAGACAUUCAAAAAAAUUAUAAAAACCAAAUAUUCAUGAAUAUAAAAAUGUUAUUGUAAUUUAAAAUGCACAUUUUAUUGCCCUAAUUCCGCAAAAUCAAGCAAAUUUUUUGAAAUGUGCCAACAGAGUCGGCAGGCGGCACCUUUGAAAUAGCGCUGGCACGUAUAAGGACGUGUUCACAUUAAGCUCAGAGUCGACCGGUGCGGCAUAUUGUCUGCCAACUAAAAUAGAAAAGCCACAAAUCACCCAGCUCACACUCUAAGGCCUGAGCCACGAAUUGACAACUCGAGGAGACUGUAGAUAAGGAAACUCACAUACCUACUGAAUUCAGUCUGUGAAACUGAAGCCGAAAUGCAUCCGUGCCAACUAUGUGCAACGGUGCCAGACCUGUAUUGCUGUUGCUGCAUCUCUCGCUACCAAUCAUGGCGUUUAUCACGCUCGGCAGCGAGAGACCUCCGUCUAGAUGGCCGUCAAGGAAUGGCGCUAGCCUGUAUAUGAGUGUGCCGUGACUCCGUUCCACCCACAGAAGCAAAGCACGUCGCUUCUACUGGGACAACUGCUUCCAAUUCACGUCAUCAAUGCUCUUGGGUCUCGUCGCGGUGUUCGCAAUACCUUCAAUAUUGCGCGUGCUCGUCAGCUCCAGGCGAUCGAACUCAACCUACACGGCAUACAAACGCUACCUCUCCACGCUACUGCAUACAGUUUCUUGGUUCGAGAACGAACUUAAACCUGGCAGCAUUUCCUGGAGAUCUCUCCUAACGGUCCGCAACCGACACGUAAGGGCCAGCUUAGCGGCCAAGCUAAAAGGCCAAGGAAUAGUUUCUCAACGCGACUUAGCUCUCACACAGUUUGGUUUCAUCGGCUUGUCAUUAUUAAAAACAGAUGCAUUUGGAAUCAGACAAAUAGAGGAUGAUGAUUGGGAAGCCUACAAUCAUUUCUGGAGGGUUAUCGGUCACGCCAUCGGUAUAGAAGAUAGGUACAACAUUUGCCGCAAAAAUGUCGAGGAAACGCGACAAGUUUGCCAAAUACUUCUGGACCGCGUCUAUACGCCUUCCUUGGAGAACGUUCCAGAAUAUUUCGAGCACAUGGCUCGAGCCAUGCUGGACGGCAUGUGGUGUGUGAACCCGACCGUGCACGUCGACGCCAUGAUAUACUGGACGAAGUACCUGUGUAAUGUGCCUGGGUUUGUUUACAAAGAGUCGGAGAGAAUAGACUUGCAAAGGAAAAUAAAGGAGAAGCUGAAUGGAAAAUCAGAUGAUAUAGGCGUCGAAACAACGUCACUCAUGCCAGCGCGGCCACUGAUAGAGCUACCAAAUGGGACACCACGUCUACUCUAUCUCCGUGACUAUAACAAUAUUGAAUCAACUCCCGCGUACAAAAAGUUGCCACUGGCCGCCAGAUACAAAUUGGCCGUGAACGUAAUCAUCGCAGCCUUCUACAGUUCGUACAUAGGCCGCGUAUUCCUUAACUUAAACUUCAGAUUCAGCUUGUUGCUAAUGAAAUAUUUCCCAUACAUGGCGUUCUUUAAAUUCGGCGUGUUUGCGUCCUAUAUAAAGAUUUUCAACGAAGAUCCGACUGACAACGAGGAACCGAAGCCUAAUGCCGAAUAUUAUAAGGAGCAGCCGCCAUUACCGCUAUAUAAGGAAUUAUUGUCGUUGUUGUGGUGAUAUGUAAUUAGAAAAUAUAUUUAAUGCAUUUAUUGUUACCUAUUUAUUUUACAUUUUAUAUAUUAUAUUCGGGUACAACAAAAUAGGCACCAUAUCUACAAUUACUACUCAUAUAAUAUAUAAAAUGGAUUAUAUAAAGCAUAAGUUUAAAUUGUAAAUACUUUUACAUCGUUAAUUGUAUUUUUAAAUGUUGAAUAUAUUCUGAUAACAAGCAAUCUGAUUAACGCAUUACUUGCGGAUUAAUUACAUAGAUUUAUGAACGAGAUAACGUACAGAGGUAUUAUCUUGGAGAUAAUUACUUUUAUGUAAUAAUAUUUUUAAUUAGUACACAUAACAAAUUCAUAGGCAAUAGGUAACAAAUUAUAUAAAAACUAUUGAGACGCGGUUCGAUCGACUUCUAGCUUUGUGAGAAUUGUAUUUCAUACUGACAGUGUACCAAUAUACCGAGCGAAAUUAAUUAUUGUAAUGUUACAAGAUUGAGACCUCGUCAGCGCAGCGCGCGAAUGCCCUGCGUGCUCGCCAAUUCUGUCAAAAAUGCGCGCGAAAUAGCGUCACAGCCGUCCUGCGCGCUGCUUUUUUAUUGUCACUUUUGCAUUGUUGUCAAUUAAUUAGAUUGUAGUACAAAUGUCUGCCUUUCGUCAGAUAAGCGUUCAUAUGAAGCCAUAAUUAUUUUAAAUUUCAAUUUUAGUUCUAAAUAUGAGUAGCAUAUUAUAUUUUUAUAUUCAUUACACAUCACUAUUGUAUAACUAUAAACAAAUGGUAUAUAACUAAUGCAACAUUAUCAGUAUUGACUAUGGCUACAUUUAUUUUACAUUUUUUUAUAUAUUAAUUGUUUUAUAUUUUGUUAUAUCAAUUCUGUUUGUGUUGUAAGACUUUCAUCAUGACGAAUCCCAAAUAUCAAACAUAUUCUAACGCUACGCUCUCACUGUAGUUAUAUUGUACGACAAUAAAAAUCUUUUUUUAUAAAAUGAGCCAAUGACGUUAUUAUAUUGAAACAUAUUUUUUAUA